AUGGGUAACAGUUUUAUUUGCAUGACUAAGUCCAAAGAUGUUGGAUCGAGGAGCAAGAGAAUGGGUAGAUCACAGAGGAAGCCUGUGAGCGAGGAAGAGCUGCAUCUUCAGGCGCUGUCUAUGGCACUUCAGCAGCAUCAAUUUUCUCAGAGGUUUGAAGGGUCUAUGUCUCGGAGAAUUGGCUCCUCUAGAAGGCAUGCUGUGUCUGAAUCUUUUUCAGCCAACAAGCAGGUUCCAGUAAAUCUGGAGAACAUGAAAAUAAAAAAGUUUGUACUGAUCCAUGGAGAAGGUUUUGGAGCAUGGUGUUGGUACAAGACUGUUGCCCUUCUAGAAGAAGCAGGGCUGCUUCCUGUUGCCUUAGAUCUUACUGCCUCUGGAAUUGAUCUUACAGACACUAACAGUGUCUCUACAUUGGCAGAUUAUUCAAAACCUUUAACUGUUUAUCUUGAAAACCUUCCUGAGGAUGAAAAGGUUAUUCUUGUUGGUCAUAGCAUUGGUGGUGCAUGUAUUUCUUAUGCAUUGGAACAUUAUCCUCAGAAGAUCUCAAAAGCAAUUUUCCUUUGUGCUACAAUGGUGUCUGAUGGUCAAAAACCUUUUGAUGUUUAUGCUGAUGAGCUAGGAUCUGCUGAACGUUUUAUGCAAGAAUCAAAGUUUUUAAUACAUGGGAAUGGUAAAGAAAAGCCCCCCACAGGAUUUAUGUUUGAGAAGGAGCAGAUGAAAGGGUUAUAUUUUAACCAAUCCCCAGCGAAGGAUGUUGCUUUAGCCAUGGUUUCCAUGAGACACAGCCCUCUUGGUCCAAUCAUGGAGAAGCUAUCUUUAUCUACCGACAAGUACGGUACCGGACGCCGCUUUUACAUUCAAACAUUGGAUGAUCGUGCACUUUCACCAGAUGUGCAAGAGAAGCUUGUGAGGGAAAAUCCACCUGAAGGAGUUUUCAAGAUCAAAGGCAGUGAUCAUUGUCCAUUCUUCUCCAAGCCACAGUCUCUCCACAAAAUUUUGGUGGAAAUAGCUCAGAUUCCAUAG